AUGAGCUAUUCUAAUGUCGUAUGGAUUGACGAUCCUUUUUUCAUUAAGAGACAACGUGUACAAAUUGCUUGUUCAUUUUGUCGUCAAAGAAAAAUACGUUGCGAUGGCAUAACACCUUGUGGAAAUUGUCAGAAAUAUUCUACAAACUGUGUAAAAGUUAAACUUGAAAGACCAUCUCGUGGAGCUAAAAAAAAUUCUAAUAAUACGAAGAAUUGUAACGACAGUGACAAUAUUGACAAAGAUAUUAACGAAGAUGAAUUUAUCACCACUGAAAACAUUAACGCCACCGAUAAAAAUAACAUUUUCUCAACAGCAACAAACGCUUUAAAUUUAUCUUUGAUUUCUUCAUCCUCUUUCAAUUAUCGUAUCAAUAAACGUCCUAACGAUGAUCACGAUCAAUUACCUCAAAUAUCUAAUCCAAUCAAUAUCAUGAUCACUGAACCAAAGAUUCCUUUGCUUAACAAAAAUCAAUUCUUUAUGCCAAAUGACGAAUUGUUUGAACAUUUGUUGGAUCUUUAUUGGACAAACGUACAUCCAAAUGUGCCAGUACUAAAUAAAUCUUUAUUUCUACAACAAUUAAAUGGUCCUAAUGAUCAAGCCUCUCCUCUGUUACUUAAUGCUAUGUUUGCUAUAUCUUCUGAUUUUUCUGAGAUCCCAUCAGUUAGACUAGACUCUGAAACCAAUGAAAGUAGUGGUUGGUUGUAUUUUGAUAGGGCAAGAAAUAUGUUGGAUGAUUUCUUGGAUGCGCCGAGGAUGUCAACAAUAGCUGCACUUAUACUCAUGUCUAUAUUUCAACAACGUAACACGACUAGACGUUCAGUUAUUCCAGCUGGUUAUUUUCAACUAAGGAAAAGAUUAUGGUGGUCUUUAUUUAUGCUAGAUGUAUUAGUUUGUUGUGGAAUUGGUAAAACUAGUUAUAUAGAUGAAUUAGAUUGUACUAUUUCAGAUCCUAAUGUUGAUAUGAUUGAUGAACCUGAACUAAGAAACAGCAGUGCUUUAAUUGAAAGAUAUAUCACGUCAUCAUUUGAUUCAUUUUUAAAAUGUUCACAUGCAGCAGCAAAUAUCAUGCCUAUUGGAGAUUUAAUCUUGUCCAGAUUGUCUAAACCAUUUAGAGGGUUUCUUAAUUGUACUAUCUGGUGUUUACUACAAGCAGGACUGAUCCAUGCAAUCAAUCAAUAUAGAGGAAAUGGAGAUACAAGUAGAGUAGCCAAGCAAUAUUAUGAUAGAAUUGUUGAUUUGUUUGAAAAAAAUUCACAGUUUACAGCAUCACAAGCUUUACAAGAUCAAGCAAAUGCAUGUAGUAGUAAACAUUCUCAAUGUUUAUCAAUGAUAGAUAUUUGGAAUUUGAUAACUCAUUUAACUACACAUAUCAGCACACCAUAUCCAAGUCCAACACAUGGUGCGAUAUCUCCGAUGAUUAGCACGACACCACAAGUGUCACCAAAUGUUGAUUUAGGACAGUUCACAACCAGUAAUAAUGAGGCCACAACAUCACCCGACGAAUUAUUUAAUCCUUUCCCAGUACUUGGUAAUGAUGAAGAUCAUAAUAAUUGGUUUAAUGGUUCAACAUCCACUAAUUCUAAUAAUAAUUCACAAAAUCAUCCUAGUCAUCAUCAAACUGGAGACAGUAAUGAUACGAACGCGUCACCUAACGUAGAUAAUAGAGUUUCAACAUCAUCGAUUAUUGAAAGCAUGUCAGGCGAAGAUUUAAAUAGUAUUAAAAGAAGAAGGGUUGCUAGAGCUUGCGAUACUUGUAGAAGAAAAAAAGUUCGUUGUGAUGGCGUUCAACCUGGCUCUGAUCCUCCUUCUUGUUAUAUUGAAGCAUUAGAAACUAGGUUACAAAGAAUGGAAUCUGUUCUAAGCAAUUUAAUUCAAUCAGGUGAAUUACCUGAGAGCUCAAUUAAUUCAAAUUUAGAAUGGAUUAAUGUUAAUGAAAAAAGUUACUCUAGUGAUAGUAAUGAAUGUGGUAAUUCUCAUUAUGAUUUGAAUGAUAGUAUGGGUCAAUUGGCAAUCGACGAGAGUGGUCACACAAGAUAUCUUGGUAGCAGUUCUGGAAUUUUCUUAUUAAAAUUCACAAAAAAAGUUGCUCACGGUCAAAUGAUCAGUAUUCCAAGUAAUUCUAUAAAAUCAAAACGGAACGACAAAAAUUUAGUCAUAGAAUUGCCUCCAAAAGAGUUAUGUGAUGCUCUUUUAAACAUAUAUUGGAAUAAAUUACAUCCUUACGUGCCUUUUAUUGACAAGUCAGAAGUGAUGGAAAAAUAUAACAAUUUGGAAACAAAUUUUCCUUCUGUCAUUCUACUUUAUUCUAUCUUUGCUUUAGCUUCAAAAUAUAUUGACGAUACUUCCGUACGUUCAAAUCCUGAUGAUCCAAUCACUGCCGGUGUUCCAUUUUAUGAACGUGCAAAAGAAAUAAUCAAAGAUGAAUUUGAGACUGCUACUAUAACUACUGUACAAGCUCUUUUGUUAUUGUCGAUAUUUUACCAAGGCGAUAAAGGUUCUACUCCUUGGAUUUAUGUUGGUUUGGCUAUACGUUUAGCUCAAGACAUGGGUUUACAUCGUGAUUCUUCAAAGUGGAAUCUUGACGAGAGGCAAAUCGAAUUAAGAAAACGUAUUUGGUGGGUCUGCGUUUUGUUAGAUAGAUUCAUCAGUACUGCUUUAGGUAGACCGUUUGCCAUAAAUGAUUCCGAUUACGAUAUACAAUUACCUAUUCAAGAUAAAUUGCCCGAAGAUCCGGAAGGCUCUGUUGAAAGUUUGAUCCAAAUGAUCAAGUUAAGCCUGAUAUUUGGACAAGUUCUUUCUCACGUUUACGGCAUUAAACAUAAGCACAGUUCUCAUAAAAAUAAUGAUUCGGUAUUAGCCUCUUUAGAUGGAGAAUUGAAUGAAUGGCGUGAUAAUUUACCUAAAGCCUAUCAGUGUGAUUCAACUACAUUACGUUUUGGUGAUUUGACAAACAGUAGAAGAACUUUUCUGCAUUUAUUAUAUUACACAAUUCAAAUAUUAUUACAUAGACCUCAUAUACGUGGUCCAAAAUCAAAAGCUCCUCCAUCUGCCAUUCCAUCAUUAACCAUUUGUACAAUGGCCGCGAAUAACAUUACUCAUAUUUUAUAUAGAACAAUGAAGGAUGGUGGUUUGGGGGUCACAUGGCAAUUCAACAUAUAUCCAUUUUUUACUGCUGUUUCAACACACAUAAUCAAUGCAUUAAGUGGUGAUGAUAGAUUUAGAGAAGUUGCAAAACAAGGUCUAAGAAUGUCAUUAAAAUGCUUAGAAGAUAUAAAAAGUUCUUGGUAUGCCGGUAACAAGUGCAUAUCAUUGAUUAAUGAUGUUAUAAGAGUAAAAAACAUUAAUCUAGAUGGAAUUAAUGGUUUAAACGAUGUUGUGAUAAAUAAAAAUAAAAAUAAUGGUGAUGAUCUUGGUGAAUAUUGUAAUAGUUUAAAUAAUGAUAACAAUGAUAAUUGUGGUGACUCAAUGAAUAUAUCAAAACCACGUGAUUAUAAUACUGCAAUGAUACAACAACAUAUGAUCAAUCAUUUAGUUUUAAGUAAUCAAAUAAUCACUAAUAAUAAUAAUCAAAAUACUAGUCCCAACAACAUUAAUUCUCAUCAUUCUACUACUAAUACUAAUGCUAAUUUUGAUUCUAAUGUAAAUAAUCUUAACAAUAAUUCAUCCACUUCAUCUCCUGAGUCAAACUCGUCAACCUCAUCAACUUCAUUAUCUUAUAAUGAAUAUCUAUUAUCAGAUCCGUUAUUUCCCACAAACGCUGAUGCAUUUGCUCCUGAUGUUUCAUCAUUUUUAUUUGAUGAUGUUGAAGAUCAUAUGGGAAAUAAUAAUCCUAUACUACCACCAGCAAUUGAUUGGAGAAAUUGGUCUGAUUGGGCUGAAUAUCUGAUAAGAAUACAAGCUAUAAGAACUGCGAGCUCGCCAGGAGGUCCUAUUACGAUAUAA